AUGCGACGCUCGGCUGCCUGCCCGCGCAGAGGCCACGUGCUUACUCUAGCAUUUAUUACGCAGUUUAGCCAAAGGAAGCGUACAUCGACAGAAGAGCAGGCAAAUGCAAAAAGAAUAAGAGAUAAGGAGCGUCCCCUGACAGAAGAGCAAGCAAAUGCAAAAAGAAUAAGAGAGAGGGAGCGUACACUGACAGAAGAGCAGGCAAAUGCAAAAAGAAUAAGAGAGAGGGAGCGUCCCCUGACAGAAGAGCAGGCAAAUGCAAAAAGAAUAAGAGAGAGGGAGCGUACACUGACAGAAGAGCAGGCAAAUGCAAAAAGAAUAAGAGAGAGGGAGCGUCCCCUGACAGAAGAGCAGGCAAAUGCAAAAAGAAUAAGAGAGAGGGAGCGUAAACUGACAAUAGAGCAAGCAAAUGCAAAAAGAAUAAGAGAGAGGGAGCGUACAUCGACAGAAGAGCAGGCAAAUGCAAAAAGAAUAAGAGACAGGAAGCGUCCCCUGACAGAAGAGCAGGCAAAUGCAAAAAGAAUAAGAGAGAGGGAGCGUCCCCUGACAGAAGAGCAAGCAAAUGCAAAAAGAAUAAGAGAUAAGGAGCGUACACUGACAGAAGAGCAGGCCAAUGCAAAAAGAAUAAGAGAGAGGGAGCGUCCCCUGACAGAAGAGCAGGCAAAUGCAAAAAGAAUAAGAGAGAGGGAGCGUCCCCUGACAAUAGAGCAAGCAAAUGCAAAAAGAAUAAGAGAGAGGGAGCGUCCCCUGACAGAAAAGCAAGCAAAUGCAAAAAGAAUAAGAGAGAGGGAGCGUCCCCUGACAGAAAAGCAAGCAAAUGCGAAAAGAAUAAGAGAGAGGGAGCGUCCCCUGACAGAAGAGCAAGCAAAUGCAAAAAGAAUAAGAGAGAGGGAGCGUCCCCUGACAGAAAAGCAAGCAAAUGCAAAAAGAAUAAGAGAGAGGGAGCGUCCCCUGACAGAAAAGCAAGCAAAUGCAAAAAGAAUAAGAGAGAGGGAGCGUCCCCUGACAGAAGAGCAAGCAAAUGCAAAAAGAAUAAAAGAGAGGGAGCGUCCCCUGACAGAAAAGCAAGCAAAUGCAAAAAGAAUAAAAGAGAGGGAGCGUCCCCUGACAGAAAAGCAAGCAAAUGCAAAAAGAAUAAGAGAGAGGGAGCGUCCCCUGACAGAAGAGCAAGCAAAUGCAAAAAGAAUAAGAGACAGGAAGCGUCCCCUGACAGAAGAGCAGGCAAAUGCAAAAAGAAUAAGAGAGAAAGGGAGCGUCCCCUGACAGAAAAGCAAGCAAAUGCAAAAAGAAUAAAAGAGAGGGAGCGUCCCCUGACAGAAGAGCAAGCAAAUGCGAAAAGAAUAAGAGAGAGGGAGCGUCCCCUGACAGAAGAGCAGGCAAAU